CGAGCGAAUGGAGAAAGCAUAAUUUCUUUUCGGGGCGGCCACUGGAACAUGGUAAGAACUCGAAUGAUUACCAAACAUUGUCCUGAGUGUGAGGUGCAGGUGGCGAUUGCGUCGAAGAAAUGUUCCUGUGGCCAUGUGUUCAGUAUGCGGCAGUCCAGUGCAGCCGUGUACGAGCCGCCGACACGCACGAAAACGGGCAAACGUAAGGCGGCCCAAGCAGCGUCCGCCAGUUGCAGCGAUGGUCGCAAAGGAUCUGGCCAGGUGCAGCGCCGUCGAACGAGUCGGGUUCGUCGCGAAAAGCCCAACUACUACGAUUCACUACAGUACGAAAAGAAGAAAAAGAAAACGAAGAAAUCAUCAAAAUCAUCCCUUUUUAAGGGAAAGGAUGCUAAGCAAACACAACUCAUCACAGCAAAGGAUACGCAAGCUGCCCGAGCUAAUCGACAUGCAAACCGUCGAGCGAAAAAGGAAGAGAUCGACGGUGGUGGAGAUUUGGCCGCAAAGCUGCCGUUCGAUAAGCAGGAAGUAGCCGCUAUUAUAUUAUCGGAAAUUAAUCGUAAAAUUGGUUCCGUAGUGUGGACUCAGCCCUAA